AUGGGCGUUGACAUGGCGCCAGGCUUUCACGCGCUACCCCUUCCUUUAGCUCAACUAUCGCUUGCAGCGGUACUCAAAUGCGGACAGUCUUUCCGGUGGUCUAUUCACCCUCUCGUAUUCUCACCAACACCGGAUCCUGAGGCGCCCUCCCACGAGUACCGCCUCUGCCUACGCGACCGUGUUGUAUGCCUGCGGCAGACACCGGAUACACUCUACUGGAAACAUGUACUGCCUACCUCUGUAGCUGAUGCCACGGCCGCAAAGGAGAAAGAAGCGGAAACCCUCGCGUGGCUCAGAGACUACUUUCAGUUGGACGUCGACCUUUUGGACUUAUACUCGGACUGGUCCGCGCGAGACCCAGUCUUUGCGCGCUUGCGGGAGCGUUUUGAAGGCAUUCGUAUGCUACGACAAGACCCUUGGGAGAAUCUUGUCUCUUUCAUUUGCUCGUCCAAUAAUAACAUCGGCCGCAUAACCAAGAUGGUCAAGGGGCUGUGCACGCAUUUCUCUAAACCUCUUCUCAGUUUGCCUCUUCCCACACCUGUCGGCGUACAAGCACCACCCACUCCCGGUCCAACCCCAGAGGUAUCGCCAGAAAUGGAGACGUUUUACCCAUUCCCAUCGCCGUCUCGUCUAGCGCAACCGGACGCGACUUCGGCUAUGCGCUCCCUCGGUUUCGGAUACCGGGCCGACUACAUUCAGAAGACGGCUCGCAUGCUCGACGAUGCCCACUCUUGCACGCCAUCCAGCAGCACCGGUACCCGCGAGCCUGCAGAAGUCUGGCUGGAGACCCUCCGAACUCUCCCUACGGACGAUGCCCGCACUGAACUCCUACAAUUCAUGGGCGUCGGCCGCAAAGUCGCAGACUGUGUACUGCUCAUGAGUCUCGACAAGCGCGAGGUUAUCCCCGUCGACACGCAUGUACAUCAAAUAGCCAUCAAGCAUUACGGUGCGAAGGGGUCGUUGGCAGCUAAACAGGCUUUGUCGCCCAAAAUGUACGAUGAAAUUGCUGCAAAACUUGUUGGCGUGUGGGGAGAGUAUGCCGGAUGGGCGCAUUCGGUGUUGUUCACGGCGGAUCUGAAGUCUUUCGCAUCGUAUGGCCUAACGACACCCUCCCCGACACCCGUCAGGAUCGCGCGUACGGCCAGCACAGUAUCCCUGGGAGGCGAAGAGGAUGCUCUGCCGAGUCCACCUCUGCCUGUAUCGACUUCUACCGUGCAGAAGAGAAAGCGCGUACGAAGUGAAGUAAGCACGGAGCUCGUCGAGGAGACAAACACAAAUGCAGCGAUUGCGUUGCUUGAAAGCGAUGUAUCGUUGGCAGAUCGGGUAAAGAGGCGGAGAAGAGUUGCGUCAGCCAUGUCUAGAGGUCAUGGGUAG